AAGGGAGAAGAGAGUGCUGGGAGAUAGAGAGAUCGAUAUCAGAUAUGUCUCACAAUAACAAUUCAAUGUCGGCAAACGACCCCAGACAACCGUCGGCGGCAAAGCCUUACGUGGCGCAGCCGGUUGCUGCACAAGAUCUCCCCGUCGAUUAUUCCGGUUUUAUCGCCGUGGUCUUCGGCAUCGCAGGCGUUAUGUUCAGGUAUAAGCUGAGCUCGUGGCUAGCGAUCAUAUUCUGCGCCCAAUCACUGGCGAACAUGAAGAACGUCGAGAACGAUCUAAAGCAGAUCUCUAUGGCUAUGAUGUUUGCUAUCAUGGGAUUAGUUACAAACUAUUUCGGACCAGCUCGACCAGGAACACAGAGUUAAAGAUAAACCAUGUAGUUAAGUUUGCGAAUUUCUUUUUUCUCGUUCAUAUCAGAUCAUGAUGUUGAGAUAAGUGGUGAUCUUGUUAAAGUUCAAUUGUGUUGGAUAAUUAUUCUAGAUGACUAUGACAAACUAGUUUAUAUUUAUGGUACUGAUAAUUUUGUUAUA